AUGUCUUCCAACUCUUAUGACUUUAUCAUUGUUGGUGGCGGAACCUCUGGACUUGUCGUUGCGGCCCGUCUAACAGAGGAUCCCUCCGUCCGUGUGCUUCUCCUCGAAGCCGGGGAAGACCAUUCAGCUGAUCCCCGAGUCAUCACUCCCGGAUUAUGGCCAGCUCUCUUGGGCACAGACAUGGACUGGGGUUUUCUAUCAGAGCCACAAGAAGCCCUGAACGGAAAAAAGAUCCCACUCUCCCAAGGACGUCUUCUUGGUGGAUCUACUGCAAUCAACGGCCAAGCCUGGAUUGCACCCUCCAAAUACACUGUUGAUGCAUGGGCUACUUUUGGCAAUUCUUCUUGGACCUGGGACACUAUCUCCCCGUAUUUUCAAAAAUCAUGCACCUUGACAAAACCGUCGCCCGAGGCCUAUUCCCAUCUGUCACUCUCCUAUAUCGACGAAAAAGUCCAAUCCAAAUUCACUGGUCCUGUUCAGACAUCCUUCGCUGAAGAAGUGAAUGAUCCUUUGCCAAAAGCAUGGGUUGAUACUUGGGCUGAGCUUGGGUACGGAGUCACUGGCGAUCCCUUCUCAGGUGUCGCUGUGGGCGGAUAUGUCAAUGCGAUGAACAUCGAUCCAGUCACCAAACAGCGCAGCCAUGCCUUGAGCGCAUACUAUGAACCUAUCAAGACCCGAGAGAAUUUAGUUGUUAAAACUUCAGCUUUUGUGGAAAAGAUCUUGUUAGAUGGGAAAACUAGCGAUGUCGUUGCAAAGGGCGUAUCGUACAUCAAAGAUGGCAAGACUGAGACUGCGACUGUCAUACAGGAGGUGAUCUUGGCGGCCGGUGUCUUCGCAACUCCAAAACUUCUCGAGCUAUCUGGAAUUGGCUCUGCUUCACUACUUGAAUUAUUCGAUAUACCAGUCAUUAUUGACAAUGCAAAUGUCGGGGAGAACCUUCAAGAUCACCUCAAUGCAGGGUUCAGUUUCGAGGUAGCAGAUGGUGUUAAAACUGUCGAUGCUUUAGCUCGUCAAGACCAGGCAGCUAUUGGAGCUGCGAUGGAAGCUUACAUGAAAGAGCAAAAGGGACCCUUCGCGUCGGGAGGUAACUUUGCCGGUGGAUUCUUGCCCGUCGUAGAUUUUCUCACGCCAGAAGGGAAAAAAGAGCUCGCCAAGCUUCUUCAAGAAAUAAAGGACGACGGGAAACCCUCCACCAAGUCGCAUAUAGAGUUUGUAAAUGACUUGCUCAAUACACCAACCGAAGGUUCGGGAUGCUUCUUCUCUUACCCCGCUCAAGGAAAUUUCAUCCCAGAGGCUGGCUCAAACGACAUUAUGAUCAGCGCUAAUGCUGAUGCUGGUAACUACUUUACCAUUUGCUCCAUGUUACUACAUCCUCUCUCUCGCGGUAGCUCUCACAUUACCUCAUCAAACCCCGAAACAAAAGUGACUAUUGAUCCAAAAUACCUCUCCAACCCUCUCGAUCUCGAAGUCUUGGCGAGACACGUGAGAUAUAUCUCCAAAAUAGUAUCAUCUGAGCCACUCAAAAGCUUCCUUAAACCAAAUGGCAAAAAAAAUUAUGGUGCACCGGAAGAUAUGGAUGAUCUAGAGCAGAUCAAGGAGUAUGUCAAGAAAGCCGCAUUGAGUGCUUGGCACCCUACUAGUACCUGUGCCAUGUUACCACUGGAGAAAGGUGGGGUGGUGAAUGAAAAGCUCGUGGUAUAUGGAACGAAAAAUCUUAGGAUUGUAGAUGCUAGUGUUUUCCCGUUGGCGACGAGAGGAAAUUGCCAGACAACUGUAUAUGCGGUUGCGGAGAAAGGUGCGGAUUUGAUCAAGGCGGAUUAUGGUAUAUACGCUUAG